CUAGGUUCUCCUACGGCCUUCCCUUCCCCCUCCCAUUUGUGUUUCCCAAGGGCCCACCACACGCUUCCCUCACGCCGCGACCGUUCCGUCGCCGUCGUCCCCUCCCCUUCUCCCCCUCCUCAUCUCGGCACCUUCUCGCCGCGACCUCCCCGUCGCCGCGUCCCGAGGAUUUCACCGCCAAGUCCCGCCGAUUUCGCCGCCGCGUUCUCUCCGCCCGCGGAUUUCCCGCGAAUUUCCCCGCCGCUGCGGAUUUCCCGCGAAUUCCCCGCGGAUUCCCCCGCCGCCGCGGAUUCCCCGCGGAUUCCCCGCGCAUUCCCGUUGCCGCCUGCCCUCCCCCCGCGGCAGCAGCAGCAGCAGCAACAGCAGCAGCAGCGGCAGCAGCAACAGCAGCAUCGGCAGCAGCAGCAGCAGCGGCAGCGGGAGCAGCAGCGGCAGCAGCAGCGGCAGCGGGAGCAGCAGCGGCAGCAGCAGCAGCAGCAGCAGCAGCAGCGGCAGCGGCAGCAGCAGCAGCAGCAGUGACAGCAGCAGCAGCUGCAGCAGCAGGAGCAGUAGCGGCUUCCCCCGCAGCGGCAACAGCAACGACAUCAGCGACAUCAGCAGCAGCCGUGCCAGCCGCGCCCCAGUGGCAGCCGAGGCAUCCCCAGCUGCAGCAGCAGCAGCGGCAGUGGCAGCAGCAGCAACAGCAGCAGCAGCGGCAGCAGCAGCACCAGCAGCAGCAGCAACAGCCGGAGGGGUCCACCAGCAGCACCUCCCCCUCCCUCUGGCCGCCGCGGGCUGCUGCGGACGCCACCUUCCUCCACCACCGCCACGAAUACCUCAUCCGCAAGGCCGACCAUGACGUUGCUCUCCUCGACUAUGUGUUUGCCUCGUCAGAGCGUUCCACUCGCCUGGAACUGAUUGCCGAGUACAACACCUCCAUGGCGGCUUACGUCCCCAACAGCGUCGCCUGGGCCGCUGCCGACAACCGCGCUUGCACCAUCCUCCUCGGUGCACUCCCCAACACCCUUAUGCGCCGCUUCCAAGCUCGCGAGAUGCGCGCUCACCUAAUUUGGACCGAGCUCCAGUCUAUGUUCGAGCGUCGCGACAUCAGCUCUGUUGGCGUUCUCUUCCAGGAGUAUUUCUCCAUCACCCUCGCCACUUGUGACGGCGCAGUCGACUAUGUCGGGCGCAUGCAGGAAGUUGCCGAUCGCCUUGCCGCUCGCCAUGCUGCCCUUUCCGAGCCCCUGCAGAUCCACCGUAUGCUCUUCAGCCUCACGCCAGACUAUGAGUCCCGCCUUCACGCCUUCACCGAGGCGAACCCCUUGGCUGGCCUCCCCGAAGUGACGCAGUGGAUCAUUGACACGGAGGUCAAGCUCCGCACCCCCAUUGUCAACCUCACCACCACUCACUCCUCCUCCGCCUCCCUCAAUGCCACACAGCCGCGCACUCAGGGUGGUCGCACCGGCGGUAGCGGGGGUCGUGGAGGGAGUGGAGGUGGCAGUCGGGGUAGUGGCCGUGGUGGCCGUGGUGGUAGAGGUGGUGGUGGUGGUCCUAGUGGCCCCACUCCCGGAGGCUCCUCUAGUGCUGGUGGAGCUGUGAGCCGUGGUGGUGGUCACCCUGGGACUCUUCCCCCCUGCACGGCAGCAGGACAGCAGGGCGCGUGGGGCGCAGUAGGGCUGCAGGGCGCGCGGGGCGCACAGGGCAGCAGGGCGCACAGGGCUGCAGGGCAGCAGGGCGCACAGGGCUGCAGGGCAGCAGGGCGCGCGGGGCGCGCAGGGCUGCAGUGCGCGCAGGGCGCGCAGGGUAGCAGGACAGCAGGGCGCGCAGCGUGCGCGGGGCGCACAGGGCAGCAGGGCAGCAGGGCGCGCGGGGCGCAGCAGGGCUGUAGGGCGCGCGGGGCGCACAGGGCAGCAGGGCAGCAGGGCGCACAGGGCUGCAGGGCAGCAGGGCGCGCGGGGCGCGCAGGGCUGCAGGGCGCGCAGGGCAGCAGGACAGCAGGGCGCGCAGGGCUGCAGGGCGCGCGGGGCGCACAGGGCAGCAGGGCAGCAGGGCGCGCGGGGCGCACAGGGCUGCAGGGCAGCAGGGCGCGCGGGGCGCACAGGGCUGCAGAUCCUCCCCCCCCAACUGCUGCACCCGCAGCAGGGGGGCUGGUGCUGCAGAUCCCCUCCCCCCCACUGCUGCACCCACAGCAGGGGGAUGGAGGAGAAGGGGGGGGGGGGGGGCUGGUGCGGCAGGGAGAGAGAGAGGAGAAGGGGGGGCGGGGGGGUCUGAUGCUGCAGAUCCCCUCCCCCCCACUGCUGCUCCACUAUCCGUCACUCCCCAGGGAUGAAGGAGAAGGGGGGGGACGGGGGGGGUUGGUGCUGCAUAUCCCCUCCCCCCCACUGCUGCACCCGCAGCAGGGGGAUGGAGGAGAAGGGGGGGGCGGGGGGGGCUGGGGGGCGGGGGCGGAGCUGCGCGUGCGACUGCAGGGCAUGCGGGCAGGGGAGCUGCAGUCGCACGCGCAGUGCCCCCCCCUCCAUGAUGCGACGGGGCACCGGGGUCGCGACUAG